UGGGAGGACCACAUCAGCAUUAGGGGUAUAUGUUACAGUUGUGUAAAUUUCUCCUGCAAAAAGGUCUAGUCUAUGUUAUCAGAUCUGUCCCCACUGCCGUCAGUCGUACUUCGUCUCCAACAUGGUUCAGAAGGUGGCAGUGAUCGGUGCAGGGAUUUCUGGAUUGACCAGCAUCAAGGCCUGUUUGGAUGAAGGUCUGGAGCCCACCUGCUUUGAAAGCAGCCAUGACAUUGGGGGUCUAUGGAGAUUUAAGGACAAGCCCGAGCCUGGACGUGCCAACAUCUAUCGGUCAGUGAUCAUCAACAGCUCCAAGGAGAUAAUGGCCUUCAGCGACUUCCCUCCACCAGCUGAGCUCCCCAACAACAUGCACCACUCUGAGGUGCUACAAUAUCUGCGUCUCUACGGCCAGGCCUUCAAACUGAUGCAACACAUUCAUUUCCAGACUACCGUGGUCAGUGUGAGGCAGAGACUGGAUUUUGAUGCGACAGGCCAGUGGGAGGUGGAGACCGAGAAGAGAGAGGGUCAGAGGGAGACAAUUGUUUUUGAUGCAGUGAUAGUUUGUACCGGACACUUUACCAAGCCUCACCUGCCACUCACAGACUUCCCAGGUAUUGAGAGCUUUGAAGGCAGAUAUUUCCACAGCUGGGAUUACCGCAACGCAGAGGGUCUGCAUGGGAAAAGAGUGGUAGUGAUUGGGAUUGGGAACUCUGGAGGUGAUAUUGCUGUGGAUAUCAGUAGAGUUGCUGAGAAGGUGUACCUCAGUGCCAGGAGCGGAGCGUGGGUUGUCGGCCGUGUAGGAGAGGGGGGGCUCCCAGGUGACCUUAUUGGGACUUCUCGAAUGCAUACCGUACUGGAGAACCUCUUCCCCUCAUGGAUCAGUACAAGGGUGGAGAAGAAGCUGAACAAAGCAUUUGACCACAAACUAUAUGGCCUGAAACCAAAUCAUGGUUUUUAUACACAGAUGCCAGUUGUGAAUGACGACCUGCCAGCUCGGAUCAUCUCAGGUCGUGUUCAGGUGAAACCAAAUGUGAAGGAGUUCUGUGGGUCCAGUGUGGUUUUUGUCGAUGGGAGCAUCAUAGACAAGGUGGAUGUAGUGGUGUUUUCCACAGGCUACAACUACAGCUUCCCCUUCCUGCCCUCGACUCUGCAGGCUAAAUCUGGUUACAGGCUGCGUCUCUACAAGCAUGUGUUCCCUCCUGCACUGAGCCAGCCUACACUGGCAGUGGUGGGCUUCAUCCGUGGCUUUGGAGCUGUCAACCCUCUGGCUGAGAUGCAGGCCCGCUGGGCUACAAGAGUGUUUAAAGGUUUAACAACGCUACCCUCAGAAGAGAACAUGAUCAAGGAAAUUGAGAAAGACACCAUAACAAUGCAUAAGAGGUUUGCCUGCUCAGAGCGUAACCCCCUCCAGGUGGACUACAUCCCCUACCUGGACUCUCUAGCAGAGCUGGUGGGGGUUCGACCAAACAUACCGUGGCUCUUACUGAAGGACCCCAGACUGGCACUGCAGAUUUUUCUGGGUCCCUGUACUCCUUAUCAGUACCGCCUGACUGGGCCGGGCCAGUGGGCUGGAGCCCGUCAGGCCAUUCUCACUCAGUGGGAGCGGGUGGUUCAGCCUUUCAGGACCAGAGUGAUACCAGAACCAGAGACCAGACCUUCUUCUACACGGAGCAUCAUAGUGACCUUCUCAGGUGCAGCACUACUGUGCUGCUUCUUCUACAAUAAGCACCGCACCUCCAUCUCCUUUCCUCUCACAUUCUCUGAAUGGUCUUUAACCAACAUGGCUGGACUAUUUUAAUCUUGUCUAAAGCAUACAUGCUAUUCAAAAUCCUCCUCUGGUGUGAUGUGUGCCAAUUCAAGAAACCUGAAGUCCUCCUUUUUCACUCCAAAAACCAGUUCUACCACUUCCUGGUACUGUAGUCCAGUAUGUUGCACCAUCUGCUGAGAACAUCUGGUCUGUUAAUUCACAGUCUUAAAGUUGGUCAUCUCAGGAGGUUUGUUUCAUACUGAUUCCCUCCUUCUAAAUAUAUCCAGAUUCUAAUUAAUUCUUUCUUUAGCCAUAGCAGGUGAUUUAGACAGUAGAGUAUAAAACGUAUUCACAUUUUUAGCCAGACAGUUAGUUGUAAACCUUUAGUUCACAGAUGCAAAAUUUCCCACAAUCUAUCUCCACAAUUUCCUUUUUGUACUAUUUGUAAAUAUAAAGUAAGUAUAGCAGUAAUAAAGAUGAAAUAGAGAUUGUAGCCAGUUAGUAAACUUAUCAUGAAUGUUGCUUAAUUGCUAGUGUAUCCCAGAGAGCAUAUUAGUCAGUGAAUCAGAUCAGCUGAACAUGCAAAAAUGUUAAAUAUCAUUACACAAAGCUAAUUACAAUUUCCCCUAUGUUAAGUGCCAGAUUAUAUUUUUCUUUUGUUUAUGGGAAUUAUCAGUAAAUUAUUAAAGGAUUGACUCAUAAAUUAAAGUGGUAAUCUCUCUGCUCUGAUCAAAAGGACACAGAUGCCAAAUGCACAACGGCAUGAACACUGAAACACAAUAUCUGGGGAACUCUGAUGCCUACAGAGACGUUUAGUGGGAAGUGGAGGGAAGUGUUUUGAUGCUGAAGGUCAGUGUCAAUUAUCGGGAAAACAGCACCAUCUUGUGGCCUCUUUGUGUUACUUUAGAAAUCUAACUGAUUUUAUUAUAUUUGAUUGUCUUUCUAACCUUUUUGGUAUUCAUUGUAUAACACUGAAUUUAUAUGUUAGCCUACAUUUUGUGUUUGUCAAACUUUCUUUAAUGACAAGAAAUAGAAAUGUCUGCCAAAGGCCUCAAAAUAAAAGAAUAAAAAAAUAAAAAUAAAGAUCAAAUUAAAAAAUAA